CCGCAGACUGACCGUUCAGACGUGAUCAUGUCAAUCCACCCGGAGCACGUUGAAGAGAUUGUUGACGGCGCCAAGACGCACGAGUUCCGCAACUUCCGCCUCCACCAGGUCGCGCGGAUCUGGAUCUACAUCACUCAUCCCGUUUGCGAACUCAAGUAUAUGGCCGUCAUCAGCGGGUACAAGCUUCCCGGCGAGAUUUCAGCGGAUGACCCUGGUGUUGGUAACAAGGCAUUCAACGAGGGCAAGGGCAGCAAGUACGCGUAUGAGCUGCUGCAGGUGUACCAGCUGAAC